UUCGUUGCUGCAGGAGACAGACACACAGUGAGAGUCAGAGGCGGGCCGCUGCGAAGUGCUGAGCUCCUUUGGGUAAUGCCUGAUCCACAAGGCGAGUUCAAGGACUGACAUUCCCUUAGUGAAAUCCUAAAUGCGAAGGAAAAUGUGCCGUAAAGCUCCACCAAGCAGCACCAGGCUGGGUUUAGUUCUGUCCCUGAUUCUGGCCAGCCUCCACGCCUGCUCAGGGGCUCCAUUCCUGCAGAGUCGCCGAAAGAUGCUCUCCGGGGACUUCCGAGUAGGUCCUCCAAGCGUGCGAACUCGGGAAGAUGCUACUCAGGGAAACGUUAUCUUCGGGAAAUAUGGUGUUUAUCUUUCUAACACGAGAGAUUCGGGCGUUAGGGGAAACCAAGAGCUUAUGAGCGAAGGCGGUGACUUGACGCUUGAGGAAAUGAGAGGAAUACUCUGCAAAGAACGGGAGCUGCUGAGACAGAAGAGGAUCCACCACAGACGGCGUCACCACAGCAGAAAGCAUACUCACAGACGAGGCAGACACAGCAAAACUCGAGUAGUGAAGAGUGGCUUGGCUGGAUCCCCGACCUAGGGCCUCGGGGGACGACGCCCAAGGCAGCACCGCCUUCUGCGACCACGCCCACGACCACACCUUCAACUACAACCACCACAACCACACCUUCAACUGCAACCACCACAACCACACCUUCAACUACAACCGCCACAACCACACCUUCAACUGCAACCACCACAACCACACCUUCAACUACAACCACACCUUCCAUUCCUACCACAACGAGGGCUCCAACCACACCUGCGACGACAACCAUAACAACCAUACCAUCAACUACAACAACAAAAAACACAACUACGCCAGCAACUACAACCACAACCGCCACGCCUUCGCCUACAACCACAACCACAACCUUUGCAUUCACGUUUCCCGACGGACAGCCUCUGACGCUCGAGCCCGACGCGGAGACCAUCAUCCCGCUGCUGUAGGCGGCGGGAAGGCCGGCGGGACACGCGGCUCACUUUAGUUCAUU